GAAACCCCUGAACGCCCGCCGCCGCCCUUACCGCCGCGUGGCUCUGCGCCUUUUGGGGGCGGUGGGUGGUAGAAGGAUUAUUCCGAGUGGGCGGUGGGUUUCCAGCCGAAAAGGGGAGGCUAGCGACCACUAUAGGCACCGGCUGCAGCAACGAAAAGCAUGAAUUCUGGCACGCCGUUCUGCAUGCCACCGGAUCCCGCGCACCUAGCAACAAGAUGUCGCCCAGUUGGCACCCGAGCGCAAGUUCUUCGUCACCAGCUCAUUCGUCGUGCGGAUAUCGGAACGUAACGUAAUGCAACAUAUUCUGGACUACAAGUGUGCCACUGGCCUGCAAUGACGCAGUAUGGAAAAGGGGAGCUUGAAUGCUGCUCUAGGUUGCCCAGAAGGCUUCUACACAAACGAGAACGUUGGCAAGCAUGUGAGUGCCCUGCUGCAGGCCAGCUGCAAUUCAUCCUCCCGUUUCUUGCCACCGUACCCUUUGUUCCCACCUUUGGCUCCAUCUGGAACAUUACAAACAGCAAGCGAUUUCAGCAAAAGGACUUCACAACACCCAAAAGCACCUUGUUCUGGUAUGGUCAAGACAGAUAGGAGGCCUAAGCGUGAGCCCUCAGCUACAGUGCCGCCACAUGAUUGGAUUCAGGGGCAGGAGAAAUUCAGCUGGGAUGGCUCUCCCAUUGCUGCAUAUAAUCCCUCAACAAAAAUGUUCCGCUGCAUUGCUUGUAACACCAUGGGGUUUCUCUCGAGGAUUGCUGAACAUUACUUGGGCACCCAUGUCAAUGCCAAGCAUGUAUUCCGGUGCCCUGAGUGUCCCUACAGCAGUGCCUGGUCACGCUGUGUUCGUCUUCACUUAGGCAAGGUCCAUGGCAUCCAGAAUGCUCCAGAAUCAUUGUGGCAGGACCAACCUCUGCUGUACGAGAUUACGGGUAUUUUGCAAAACUUGAAGAACAGUGCAGAGGGAUCCAGUGGAAAUGGGCAGUUGAGCCCUAACGUAGGUCCAAUCUCUGAGAAGCGCUAUACAUGUCCACGAUGCCCGUAUGCAACGGACCGUCGUGACCUCUACCAUCGCCAUGAGAACAUCCACAAGGACGACAAGCCUUUCCAUUGUUAUGUGUGUUUCAAACUGUUCAACCGAGCUGAUCACGUCAAGAAGCACUUUCUGCGCAUUCACAAAAAUCAUACGUACAACAUCAGUCUCAUCCGUCGUCACCCACCCAGGUCAUCUUCACACUCUACAUCAUCCCGUGGUGCUGCAAAUGCUAAUAGCCAUUGGUCACCAAUAAGUGACAGUGUAGAAUCAAGGCUUUCAACUGGAAGCUGCAUGGGUACCAACUGUGGUGGAAACCUCUCAGGCAGCAGCAAUCGCUGUGAUGAGGGAACUCGACAGGCAUGGCCCUUCCAUUCACCUGCUGCAGCUCCUUGCUUCAUGGGCACCAACCCAAAAGACUCCAGUUUAUGUAGAACCCAAGGUACUCUUGAUGAAUCGAAGAGCAAGCGCGGCAAGGGCUCCGGAAGCACUGCAUCCAAAACAUUUUCAUGUGCCUAUUGUCCUUGGCAAGGAAUUGAUGGCUGGUGUUUGCGACGACACCUCAACACGCACAUUAAGCCUUUCACCUGUCCAUUUUGUGAAUAUAAAGCAGCACGAUCGGAGCGCCUCAACACGCAUGUGCUCAAAGUCCAUGGAAAGCACCUGUGCAACAAGUGCCACUUUGCGGGAGAAGAUACGGUUGCACUAGAAAGGCACACCAAAGAACAACACCUCACCUCAAGCUUAAAUGACAAGUCACGCAUGGGAUGCUCGUUGUAUCCCCCUUUUCCAGCAGAAUCUCAGCGACCUACAUUGGGGUUGGUGGAAAAGACUAAAGUCAAAUCUUGUGGAUGUUCUGGUACAAGUAGUACAAGCUGCAAUACUGCCGCAAAAGCAGAAACAGGACCAACUGAGCAGCGAGGGCUAGCAGACUGCGUGUCUAGUGAAUUCCCAUGUAGACUGUGUGGUUGCCUCUUUGCGGACAGCCCAUCUUUGGACACUCACCUGGAACUGGCCCACGGUGGACCACCCUUGUCGCCAACAUUUCCCUACCGCUGUGCUCUAUGUGGCUUCUGCUCCUUUACCCAAAUGACCAUGAUGGAGCAUAUGCGUCUCCACACAGGGCAGGCAUUAUGCUGCCGUGCUUGGGAGGGCCGCUGCCACUACAGCACUCCCUUUGAGGAUGUCUUGCGCAACCAUGUGGCAACUGAACAUGGUGACGACAAUGCUGUAACGCGUUGUCCCCAUUGUGGCCUACCCUGUAGUACAACAUCAUCAUUGCUGCAACACACUCAUGAAAUGCACCAUAGUCGGCAUGAACAUUGUGCAGAUUGUUCCAUUGCACUCGUGCGCCACUUUGGUGUGAUCCGCGCUGCAACUGAUGCAGAUGCAGCAGUAGCAACAAACAUUGAGGUGCAAAAGCUGAAGCAGUCCCGCAAGCAGACUAAGCCAAGAAAGGUGGUCGUCUGCUGCUCCGAUCGCUUUGAAAAUCUUUCCCUUGUGUCGUUUAUGAAGAGUUGUGCGAAAAAACAUACGCCAAAAUUGUGGAAAAAGCUUUACUGCAGGCACUGCCGAUUGGAAGGAGGAUCAUGGAGCGGAAGGGCAUUCAGGUGCCACAGUAGUUACCUGAUCCACCUGUAUUGGUGCCAAUCAAAAAGGCGGCAUCGCUGCUCUAAAUGUGGUUUACGUUUUAGGCAUGGUUAUCAAAGUUACUUGCACAAAAGGAAAUAUCACAGGUAGCCGUUAGGGUUGGGCUAAAUGCGUGUUUUCCCACUACCGGUGACAGCGUGUGAUCGAGGUCAGUCCUGCAUUUUUAUACAAAUGUUUGUUGGUAUGCACAUUGAUAUGAGACGUUGUAAAUCAAACUAUUUCCUAACUUAUAAUGCUCUAUAAGUCAACAAGUUGUGAAGGAGUGAAGCAAAAAUAGUGUGUGUAUGUUGCAAAGGAGAAAAUUUACAUUACAGAACAGGUCGCUUAUCAUAUCAGCGUCCCCAUGGUGUAACAUACCAUAUUCCCACACAUUCCUCAGCAUGCCACAUAACUAAGGUUCCGUGUUUUCGGCAUUUAUUCUUCGGGGGAUUCAGCGGGUGUUUUUCGGCACUUCUAUGUUUUGACAAAUUCGGAUAUUUUCGGCAUUUUAAAACGUUCAUGCCAAAAAUAGAUUCAGAAAAAUCGGCAGCCCUAAUCACAAGGGAGAAGGACUAUGGAAAGAGAGCUGCUUGGUAGAAGGACAUAGAGAACACAAAUAAUUUCCUUUCCUUUGUUGGAGGGUUCCAUGUGUACUUGAACCCUUUUGACCCACUGAUCAAAGUGUUACAGGGGAAGGAUUUUCCCUUAACUAGAGGCUAGCAGCACCGCAGGGCGGUAUUCCCCGCAUUCCACCUGGAAACGAGGUGAAGGAGAAGCGAAAAUGUGAUGUCCUGGAGGAAGAAAGGUGCGAUCAAGUACCGGCGUUUUUGCCAUGCCGACUCAAACAAAAAACAUGCCGAAUCAAAAAAAAAAAAAAAAUCGGCAACUGUUUUUCUGCGUUUUUCGACAUAUGCCGAAAACGCGGAACCCUACACGUAACCCAUGUAUUGCUUCCUAUGCAUGCCAUGUGAAGACACCGAGAAAUGCUUGGGAAUACAGUAACUAGCACCAUGAGCUAUCAUAAUGAUCCAUUGAAACAUGGCUUGCACUUUUUAAAAGUUUGGAUAGAAAUGGGCAAGCUUCUUCAUGUUACAAAACAUUCCAUUUACUUUAUUUUACAGCUUAUUCUUUGGUACCUCCUUGUUAUGUACUUGUUUUUUUUACAUCAGGUGAGCUUAGUACAAUGUGCAUGCUGUAGUUCUGUUAUCUGGAACUGAACUGGUUGUACAGUGCUAGAACAAACAGCAGUUCAGUGCCUCCAAUUUGCAAUGAAUACGCUCACAAAGAGUUCAGAUUCCGUUUUUAGUCAAUCUGCUUUCUUUUUGGCAUUCUAGCUCGUGUUUGUCAGACUGUUUAUUGAAAAUGCAGAGAUUAUCUAGCUUAUUGAAGGCAUUUGGAUUUCUUUUAUUGAAGAUAAGCUAUGGCAAAGUUCUUUCCUGAGAAACUGCAUGUGCAAAUACGUAUGCUUAUUCUCCUGCGUUGCUUGGAAGUUGGAGCUACCCCAAACAAGCACAAAUCUUCAUUGCAUACUUUUUAAAUGUAGUAACAGAACUAAAUGUUUGAACAUAGAAGUAAAAUGCAAGCGAGCUGGUGUAUACUUGACGUUGGCAGCAUGUCCCUGAGCUUGGGGGAAGGACAAAACACAAAAACGAACAGCACAAAAGUCAGAGGCAUUAGAAUGUACACAGUAGUUGCCACGCAACGUUCUUUGGACAAGGGACAUUAAUUUUAUGCACACUUUUUUUUUGUGCUAGCACCACAAUUUUUUUUUAUGUGGAGAGCACUCCACAACAAUACUUCAUAUUAGUAGUCAAUAUUGGCCCUUAAUUUUGAGUAUAUAUCUGACAUCUGAUGGGGUAACAACAUGCAUCAGCUGAAAUUUGAAUCUCCCCCAUGAAGAGGUUUGCAGGAACAAUCAUAGUACAUGAAGUAUGAUAGUUGUGUAGCUCAACAGCUGUUUAUACUUCAUGUCAUAGUUGAGCACUAUCUGGUGGUGAGCGCUGUGAGAUAGACUCCUAUUGAGUACUUCAUACUCUUUGCGCAGAAAGGCCAAGUCUUGCAUGUGCAUGCAUUUGGCUGUUUUUUGCAGUUCAUGAUUUCUUUCAAAUGGUGAUAAAAUUUUAGCAGUCCAGUUUAUAACUAGUGCUUAAAUGGGGUCGUGCUACACAGCAACUAUGCGCACGCACGCACACACACACACAGAAACACAGUGUUGAUUUCAUCAAUGUAAAGCACCUGUCAUUGUAUGAGGCUACCUUGCAAAGCUCAGCACGGCUUAGUCAAACCUUUUCAGAGUGCACAUGUCUGCAACAAACCAACAUGUUGCAGGUGAGUGUCACUUAUGCAUCACAGGAUGCCUUUCAUUUUGAAGUUUUAAAGAGAGAAGCUUCCUUUGGGAAACAGGUAUACAUUUGCAACAUGUCCAAUAGUGCUUUAUAUGCAGUUUCAAGCAGUCAGACUUUCGCACAUCCAUUACACAAAUGUUAAAUGAGUGAGGCAGUGAUGUAUUUUGUAAUAUAUAUUCAUGUAAGUGGGGAAAAACACUGAACAUCUGCAGCAUUGCAAUGUGGCCUCCUCUACUGUACUUUCUCCAGGUGGUACUGUAACUGUGAGAUAGACAAGGGUGAGCAUAUUGUUUCUCUUGUUGUAUCAUUCUUUUUUUUUUUUUUUCUUCACAUCUCAGGGGUUGUGCUUUAUGUAAAAAAAAUAUUUGUACGGCUAUUUUUUACAGGUGUGCUUUGGCAAAGCAACAGACUUCACUCAUUGGAUUUGUUUGCAGAUUAUAUAAAAAUCUGCAGUGUUUUAGUUAGUAUAGGGUGAGAGCCAUGGGCUUGGUAUUUAAAAGUGACAUCUGCUUGGCAAAUUUUUGGUGUUGUAGAAAAAUGUGAAAACAACAAGCAUCCCUGCAUAUAUUUCACAUUUGUCUUACAACCAAUUUAUGAAAAAUAACCACACAUGCAUGUAACACGGCAUAUGUACGAGGCAUACAGAUGAUACUGUUUGCCACCAAACUUCCUGAAUAUGGCAUACGUACAAACAUAUUUUUUGAUGAAAGGGGCAGAUGUUGCAGUAACUUUAUUGUGGCACCUGAAUUCCUAUGGGGAUGAAGUAUCUGUUCUCUUUCUCUUUCUCCCUCUCUCACUAAUGCAAAGUUACCUGUCAGCACUGUGAAUUUUGCAUCAAGCUUGCCGAGAUGGCAGACUUCAUUAAACGAAAAUUACGUGUAUUGGA